AGAAUCGUACUUUUGAUUUUCGGCAUUCUGUUGGCCAUGUUUAUGGUCUCACUCAACAGUACUGUUGUCGCACCCGCCAUGUCUAUUAUCGCUACCGAACUCGACGCUUUGGAAGACCAAACUUGGAUUGCAACUUCAUACAUGGUUGCCAUGAACGCAUUCCAACCAUUAUCUGGCAAGUUCUCUGAUAUUUUUGGCCGCAAACCGAUCCUACUAUUGGGAAUGGCAUUUUUCUUUGUCGGUUCCUUGGUCAACGCACUCACUCCGACAAUCGACGGAUUGAUUGCAGGCCGUACGCUCCAGGGAUUCGGUGCCGGUGGUAUCAUGAGCAUGCUUUUUGUUAUCAUCACCGAUAUCGCUCCCCUCGAAUGGCGUCCAAGACUACAAAGUAUGCUUACUGUCGUCUACGGUCUUGCUAGUGUCGUUGGUCCUCUUAUUGGUGGUGCCUUUGUCGACUACUUAACAUGGCGAUGGGACUUUUGGCUCAACAUCAUCCUUGGUGGUGUUGCUAUCAUAAUUGUCUUUUUCUUGUUCACCGAAACGGGUGGCGUUCGCAACGAAUCCUUCUGGGAUAAGUUCAAGCGUAUUGAUUUCUUGGGUACUAUCUUCUCCAUCAGUUUGAUUGUCUGUCUUUUGUUGGCGCUUUCAUGGGGUCCUCAAAAGGGCUGGGGAGAUGCUCACAGCAUUGGUCCCUUCGUUGCUGCCGGUGUUUCUUUGAUUCUACUUAUUAUCUCUGAAGGCUGGAUUGCCAAAGAACCCAUCAUGCCACGUCAAGUUCUUCUCAACCCCAAAGUUUUCGUCAUUUACUUGUACAUGGUCACACUUGGUCUUGGCUUUAUUGGCACUUUGUACUUUGGUCCCAUUCUGUUCCAAUCGGUCUUUGGCGCCAACAGCUCUGAAUCUGGUAUCCGCCUCAUUCCAUACAUGGUCUGUCUUAUCGCAGGAUCUAUUGGUAGUGGCAUCCUGUUGCCACGGUUCCCUUACAUCAAGAUGUAUAUCAUGAUUGGUGCCGCAUCCAAUAUCCUCGGCUACGGUCUCUUCUAUACCGUUGACGAAACCGCCAGUUGGGGUCGCCAAGCUGGUUUUCUGUGCUUUUGUGGUUUCGCAUUCGGUCUUUCUCAACAGAACUGCAUUUUGGGAGUCCAGUCUGUGGCUGGAAAGGAGUUCAUGGCUGUUGCUACAAGUUUGAACAACUUCUUCAUGUUAUUAGCAUCAUCCAUCGGUAUCGCCAUCUACCAAACCCUGUUUUCUACCUUUUUGAAGGCACAAUUCGAAGGUGUUGCCCCCGAGGCUUUGGCUGCUGCCCAACAAGUUGGCGCGCUUACAAACUACUUGUACAUUGGUGAUGUUCCCGAAGAGUUCCGGCAAUCAAUUAUCCAUGCCUACAUGGAAGCUUUGAACAAUGUCUUUAUCGUACCCGUCGUUGCAGGUGGAUUUGGCGUUAUCGCCGCUUGCUGUGUGCGUAAUAUCCGCUAUGGCGCACCUGAAGCCCAAGCAGCACCUAAGGAUGAGGAAGUUAUGGCACCUCCCACUGCUGAAGAAAAGCUGGAAUUGCAACAAGCUCCCAGCAUCAACGAAAACAAGAACUAAAGACGGAGGGCUUAUUGAUCACGUCGUCUUUUCAUUAUACACUUGUGCUUCGUUUGCAUUUACACACAUACACAUACUCACAUACUCAUGCAUACAUUUCCACUUCCCCGAAUCAACUUUAUGUAUUCAUACUAUAAAUUCUCUUCUUGCAUCAACUUUCCCUUUGUAUUACUAGCUACUGUGCUAUCAUUACCACCUACCACUAAUAUAAUUCUUACUGCAUCAUACAUCAUCCCAUUAUUUUCUCUGCAAAAUGCUGUCC